GUUUGAAAUAAAAAAGAUUAAUAGAUUAUUUCAUAAAUUAUAUACCUAUCAAAUAUUAUAACAAACUGCAUCUAUAUUUAUGAUUUGUAUCUAAAGGUACAUAAUACACCUAAAGGUUUUUCCGGAUAUCUAAAAUAUUUUCAAUACAUGCAAGUUGAGAAUUCAACUACAAUGAUCCAAUUUCUUACUGAUAAACCCUUAGCGUACUACAAAAAAUCUUCCAUGAUAAAUUCAAAUGGUUUUUGUGAACAAUGUAAAUCAAAGUCAAAAAAAGUGAACUGUUAUGAAUGCAAAAAAGGCUAUUGUUCAACAUGCUUCAAAAGCAAACACAGUAAAGGGACUCUGAGGAAACACAAUUGGAAUGCUUUUAAUGAGAAAUCUUCUAAAAUUUCUAGUAUUGAAGAAACCAAUUCAUCAUAUGUUACAGCUAUUGAUUCAUCAUAUGUUACAGUUAUUGAUUCUGAUAAAUCUAACAGUUAUCGAAUGGAAGUUUCUAAUACACCAUCUAAUUCAUUGUUGAAUAGGAACUAUGAUGAAGAAUCAAAUGAAAAAUCUUUUGCUGCAGCAAUAAAUGAAUGGAGACAGUCAAGAGUUUCAAGUGUUACUCGUAAAAGUGUUGCUCAAAGAAGUACUGCUAUUGGUACAAGAGACUACAUAAAUGACUAUAACCUAUUAGAUACAUUCAUGAAUAAUAUGAAGUCUUCGAUAUCUUAUCUUGAUAGAAUUGCAAUCAAAAUGGGAAUGAGAAACUCAAUUCCAAAAAAUUUUAAUCAAAAAGUAAGUAUUGAAGAAGCAGUUGUUGAUGAAAAAUUAAUUACUCCUAAGGAGGAAUCAUUUAUACUAUCGUUUGCUUUUCCUUCACAAGAUUCUUUAUCGUCUAUUUGUUCUUCACAAGAUUCUUUAAUGCAAGAUGGGUUUGAAAUUGAUAUUAGAUCUUGUGAUGAAGAAGACGAAGAAGUUCAAAAUAAACCAAAAAAUUCGGAAAGAAAUCAAAACAAUCCAGAAAUAACUUGCAUGGUUGUUGAAGAAGGUAAUAACCAUUGUUUAAAAAAUUUUAAAUGUGACGAUGUUUUUUUGCCAGCAAAAGAUUCCACUCGAUUAUGGCGUCCUAAACCUAUUUAUGAAGGAUUAGAUAAAUAUUAUUUAUUGGGUAUGCAUGCAUUCGAUGUUUCUAAUCAGUCUGAAAUUAUAGGUUCCUUUGUUAAUCAGACUAAUAUAAUCGGUACACGCAAUUUUUCUAAUCAGACCGAUAUAAUCGGUACACGCGGUUUUUCUAAUCAGAUUAUUAAAACGGGCUCAAAUUAUAUUAUGACAAGUGAAUAUGAAAAAAGAAAGUUUAAAUUUCAUUAUGAUCAAGAAAAGUUUUGGAAUCCUGAAUUGUUUAACAAUUUACACUAAACAUUAGUAAGUUUAAAAGAAAAAGUUUAAAGUUUAUCUUUAUAAAUCGUGAUGGAUUGCAGAUAAAUUAUUUGUUUAAAUAUAUAUUCGUCACUGCAGAGCUUUGUUGUUUAAAGCAGUAAUAAUACAAUAUCUUAUAAA